AUGAACCCUCUCUCACAGUCAUGCUCCAUUCCCCUGGCAGGAGGAAUAUGCCAUACUGUACUGGACAUGAAUGCAGACAGUGUGAUGGUCACACAGGAAGCUUUAAUGGAGCAGUUAGUAAAAAAUUAUCCAGGCAUUGCACUUCCCUCCCACAAAAUCUUAUAUAAUACCCUUGGCACUCUAGUUAAAGAAAGGAAAAUCUAUCAUACAGGAGAAGGAUACUUCAUUGUGACUCCCAACACAUACUUUAUCCCAAAUAAUACCACAGAAGACAAGAGAGGGGUGCCAUUGGAGAACAGUUAUUGCUGUUCAUUGCCUUCCAUCAUUUACCUGGUAAACACUGAGUGCUGUGCAAACCUGGUGAAAGAAAACAUUUCUACAGUAUUCCAUUACAGAUCCUGCCAUUGUUUCCCUGACCAGAAUAUGCUUGGCAUAAGACAUCGGUACCUAAUGAACCCUGAACCUAAUGGAGGAGGAAGGAAAGGCCACAGUGAAUUGAAGCCUUCCAUUCAAAAUCAAGGGAUCUCCAUGUCUGCUGAAAACCAUUCCUGGGACACAACCAAAUCCCUGGCUUCUGUGAAAGAGAAACUGAAAAGCAAAAGGUUUGGCCUUGGACUUUUCUGGAGAAGCACUUCUAAAAAAGAAAAAAAUAAGAAGGAGUACUCCACUUUUUCAGCCCAGUUUCUUCCUCAGGAGUGGCCAGUCAGGGAUGACGAUGACUUAGAUAAUAUUCCACAUGAUACUGAACAUGAAAUCAUCGAGCAUAUUAACCCUACCCUUACAGUUGAUAAUUUGAUUAAACACACAAUAUUAAUGCAGAAGUGUGAGAAGCAGAAAAAAAUCACCAGUGAGGGUACCUCGGCUGAAGGGUCAAUACUCAGUCAGCUCAAGUCCAGGACUUGAAAGCCAGAAAGGGCUUUUCAAAGGCCAAAGUCCUUGAACUCCCCAAAACACUUUGAUUACAAACAUGAAAAGCUGGCUACUGAAAAGCAGGCUGAUGCUAAUGAGGCUGACUCAGAUGCUGACACUUUGCAGAAUUUCACCUAGGAGGUGGGAGCAGUAGUGGCAUGCUGUGCUUUGGGCUCACAGGUUGAAGAAGAAAGAAACCCUCUGGGGAAAGAUCUCUUUUUAAAGGAUGCCUGCACUGUGACAUCAGGACAGAAGCACUCAGAAGGGAUGGAAAACCACAGCAUUACAGGAGACAGUGGAAUUGACUCCCCAAAGAAAGAAAACACAUUUAUGGAGACAGUAGGCCGAAGUUUUCAUUAUCAGUUGGAGAUUUCAUUUAGAAAAGGUGGCUUCGGCUUUGAAAAAACGGAAGAAACCCUGCCAGCUGCGGCUGAGCAGAGCCCUGCAGCACUCACUCCCGUCUGCCUUAGUCCAGGGCCGCCCUGCCAGGGUUUCACGGGCCUAGCGGGGCUACGGUACGAGGCAAUCCCCAGUGAAGAGCCGCUUUGCCGCCGGCCUGGAGGACGUUACCCUUACCCACCCCCGCCCGUCAUGGCGGGCGCUCCCAAGCACGCGGGGGAGCUCGUGUCUCUCCUCGCCGGCGCAGGUCAUGCUGGGUGCUGUAGUCCGGGGAAGAGGCCCCGCUGA